AUGAAGAAAGAUAUUCAUAAAAUUCCGAACAACCGUUUAAAAAGACUUAGACUUAAGCUUUUAAUCUACGAAAUAGAGUUGCAAUACUUACCAGGUCGUUAUAUGUACAUUGCUGACCUUUUAAGCAGAAAUUUUAUUAAAAGGAGUAAUAUUGGUGAGGAAAGUCUAACUGAUGUCAUUCAUACAGUGGGUGAUUUUGAGUUAGCAUAUAAAAAUUCAAAAGAACAGGAGUUUAUACAGAAAACCCAAGAUGAUGAGGUACUUGGAAAGGUACUUGUUUAUUGUAAAUCUGGGUGGCCUAGGACAAUUAGUGAAGAUGGUGAACUCAAACAUUAUUCAAAGUUAAAAAAUGAAAUUAUAAGUAGCGAGGGAUUAUUAUAUUAUCAAUCUAGGCUUUUAAUUCCAAAAACAUUAAGAAAAUACAUAAUACAUAAAUUGCAUGAAACCCACCUAGGGAUCACAAAAACUAAGGCCAGAGCUAGACAAUUAUUCUAUUUCCCUGGUAUAUAUACACAAAUUGAAAACUAUAUACUUUCUUGUGCUGUGUGUUUAAAAUUUAUUAGGUCGAAAAUUAAAAAACCAAUGCUAUUUCACACAAUUCCAUAUAUUCCGUUUUAUAAAAUCGCAAUUGAUAUAGCAGAGUUUGGGGGAAAGAGCUAUUUAGUCAUUGUUGACUAUUAUUCAAGAUGGAUCGAAAUAUUAAAUUUAUUUAAUAAAACAAGUGACGCAGUUAUAGAAGUCCUUAAGCAAUUGUUUGGUAGAUUAGGUAUUCCUAGACAACUAGUUGCUGACAAUAUGCCAUUUGGUAGUUUUAAGUUCAGGGAAUUCUCAAACAAAUGGAAUUUCCAAAUUAUAACAUCAAGCCCACAUUAUGCUCAGAGCAAUGGUCUAGCUGAACGAGGGGUUGGUAUCGCUAAAGACAUGUUAAAAAAAAGUCACCAUACGGGUAUGGAUAUUGAUUUUUAUCUAUUGGCAUACAGAAAUACUCCUAUCUCGGGGUUACAAUAUAGUCCGGCUCAACUACUACAAAGCAGAGAAUUGAGGAGCACGAUGCUAGUUGAUAAAA